UUUUUUCUGUUGGUGCUGUUACAAAAAGCUCCUCGCGUCUCACAGGCUGAAUCAUUUCCUUCACAUUCACAGACGUGACAGUCCUUUCAAUCACGAUGAGGAGCUCUGUGGUGUUUUGCCUAGCUGUCAGCUUUGCCAUGUUUGGAUUUGGCCUCUCGCUGCAGUGUUACUCCUGCCCGGGUGGGUCCUCCCAGAACUGUGCAGCCAAGCAGGAGUGUACCCAGGGGAAGGACGCCUGCCUCAAACUCACCAGUGGUGGCAAGACCUACACUGAAUGUUUGCGGUAUGCAGACUGUGACUUCAUGACUCUGGCUGUCAGAUACUCCCUCCCCGACUUCACCUUCUCCUGUUGUCAGAAAACACUCUGCAAUGGUGAAGAAAAGACUUUCCUUCAGAAAUUGAAAGAUUUCUUUGGUUAAAUGAUUAAAAAAAGAGAAAGAAAUCGGGUAAAAGGUUGAUUCUUAUGUAAAACUUGAUUCUUUUGCUGCUGUUACUAAUUGUUAUAGACUGAACAAUAAAGUCUUAAAUUGUGUGCUGAC